UUAACAACGUUAGACACAUUUCCAACAGCAACAAAAAUAAAAGACAUUUAUUUUUAUUUUUAAACGAAAAAAGUUUUGGUUAGCCAAAAAUAUACCUAAAACAUUGAGAAAUUCAAAAACGAAAGCCAAUCGAUUUGUUUAAAAACUUAAACUUGAAAGAAAAAGAGUUGCGCACAAAAUUUUAAAAAUUUGUUAAACCCUAAAAAUUAUUUCAAAUAUUAAACCCGCGUACAACAACACAAAAUUUAACUAAAACCAAACACAACCACCAACAAGCCGUCUUCAUAAAAUUAUUUCUCUAUAAUUUUGCCUGCAUAUAUGCGUACACGCAUACACACAAAAAGCGUUAAAUAAAACUGCGUAUAAUUCUAAAAUCAAACAAAUUAUCAAAAGCACCAGAAAAGUAAGAAAAGUGACGCUUUUACCCGAAAACCUACCAGAAAGUUACCAAAAACCACAAAAAUUCAAUGAAUAAGUGAAAAAAAAUCUGAAAGUAGCUUAAUAUUCACAGCGAAAUGUGUGUGAGAAAGCACAGCAGUGUGUGAAACAUGUGCAGUGAAGGGUAAAAAGCCGAAAUUGAUGAAAAGAAAGCACAGAAAGCAAGUGGGAAAACAGCAAAAUAUAUGGAUAAAAAUCAGUAAAUAAAAAUAUGUUUAUAUAGCAGUGUUUAAAUGUGUAAAUAGUGAGAGAGAAAUGGCAUAUUAUAUUAAAUGCUAUACAAUUUAAAGUGAGUAAAGCGGGUGGAACAUAAAAAAAUCUUAAAAAAAGGUAAUAAAACAAAGUCCAUUAAGCGAAAUGCGCGCCUGCAGCAUGUGUCACCAAAAGCUUUGGGCGUAAAAUACGGCAAUUAAACGCACACCAACGCACAGAAGUGUUAAAACCAGAUUUUUUCUUAAUACAAAAAUUAAUUAAUUCAAAAUAAAACCCCGCAGUCGGAUAUAAAGUGCAUUAAAUUGGCGCUUAAAGUGCGAAAUGGUGAAAACAUAUCAACUAUUUGCAAGUUGAGACAACAGCGCAAGGACGCAGGUUACUCAUACGCCCGUGCGCUUUUUCGAAUGUUUAUGAGAAGCUAAAUUAAAGUGACUUUCUACAAAUAUAACUAAAUGUUAAAUGACCGACAGUGUUACGGGCAAUGAUUGUGGUGCCAUUUGAUUGCCUUUAAAUGCCAACAUGAGCCCACAGCGCUAAAGGCAGAGUGAUGAGGGAAGCUUGAACUCCAAUACAGGCUGUCACAAAUGCCGGCAGCGACAGCAGGCAGCAGCAGCGGGCGACAGCUUAACCAUAAUCCGGUGAUAAUAGCACAAAAAGUCGUUAGUGAACUUUUGCCAACUGAAGGAUAUAAAUAAAUAAACGAAACAACAACAAAACCCAAAAAAUAGAAUAAAAAUGAAAAAAAAAUAAAUGAAAAUGAAAAAAAGUGACAAAAUGACAAAAAAGUGAUAUAAAUGCAAAAAGUGCUAUAAAAAUACAACAAAAAAAUACAACAAAACAAAUGCAUAAAUAAUGUGAAAUACAAAGCUUGACAUUUAAGCGCCCAUAAGCUGCAAUCAACCAACCCACACUAAAUCCUUUGCACAUGCAUAUCACUCGUAGCUACCAAAUCACUUGAUUGCGCCGAGCAACCGCAGCAGUGACCGUGACUUAUGUGCAUUUGUAAGCAGUUGCUUUAAUUAUACAUAUAUCUACAUCUAUAGAGUGCUGUGUGUUGCCUGGUCUUAAGCGCUACGCAUACACACUCGCACGCUCGCUUGCACCCAUUCGUAGUCGCACUCGCAAUGAGCCACCAGUUUCAAGUGAGCUACACCGCCCUUGAGAUGACCGACGACAAUCAUCAUGCUUCCUCCAUGCCAUCGGUGGUGUCAUCAUCGUCGCCGCGCACAGCGCGCAAUGUCAAUUUUCACAGCGAAAUCAACGAUACACCACCCACACCGCCGCCCGGUUAUCCGCCGCAACAAUUGCCGCCGGCACGUCGUACCUCGAAGUCGUUCUUUCAGCGGCCGCGUUCGAUGUCCGCUUGGAGUGAUAUCAGUCGCAGUAGUAUGCGUUUGGAUGAACGGUAAGUGAUUUGCGAGCGUCGGGAUUACAUAAACUUAUGCCAUGUACCUACCAAUAUAAUAUAUGCAAGGAAGGCUUAUGCUGUACUCUGUAUGUGUGUAGGUAAGCGAUUGGGUUAACAUAAUGACGUGCAAA